UUGAAUUUUCCCUUGGGUCCAAAGUUAAGGUAAAAAAAGGCAGUUUUCCGUGUUCUAUUGAUCGUUAUAUGUGUGAAAAAUUGGAUUGGACUGCUGUCCUUCGAUCCGGGGCCAUCCAGGGUCCCUUUCUCUCCAAACUGCGGCCUAAUUUAUCCUUCCACUUAUCUGUUGCAAAUUUCCCUUUUCCUUUUGCUUUUCAUCCCUAUCGCUGACUAGAUUAGUCUCGUGACCUGAGUCUGAAAGGAAAAAAGGAAGGGGACGAAACUCGAAAUUAACGAAUCAAAUCCUAAUUUAGUUUUUUUAAUAUUUAAUUUUUUAUAGUUUUCAAUAUUUCGUUCACCUCGACAGCCUCCCACAAAUUUUAAUUCUGCAAAAUUAAUAAGAACAUUAGAGGAAAUUCGAAAUGAUGAAAGACGACAACAACAACAAAAAAUGUUAAAUAUUGAAAAGGAAUCGAGAAAAGCUUUAAAAAAAGACGUGGCUACUGAAACUGAGAAGACCUGCACAAAAUGCAUUUGUACAGGCUGUGUUCGCUUUACAAAAUUGAUUUAUAAAUUGGUUGCUCUAGUGAAGGAUAAAAGGCGAAAAAAUGUUGAGUUGAACAAGACAUAUGAUAAAACAAGCAAUAUUUCAACUAACCUGGGUAAUAUAUCUGAAGAAAAUGAAGCAAAUUUAAUUGAAUUAUCCACUCCAAAUGUAACUAGAGCAAGUCUUAAAAUGCAAAAUGAGAGGAAUGGAAAUGAGUCUGUCAGUGAUUUAAUUCGAUUUUCUACUGGAAAUGGUUCUAGACUGGAAUGUGAAGUUGAGCGCAAUUCUGCUGUGGAUUCACUCAAUAAUAUUGAUAUUCAAGAAGCAUUUAAUUCGUUUAUGGAGGAUAGAAUUGAAAAUUUAAAUGAAGAUGAAAUUAGUGGAGAUUUUUCAAGUAUUCUGAAGGAAUUUCUUGUUUUUGACAAUGAUGAAUCUAAUGCUAGCAGUAAACAGCAGGAAUUGCAGCAAAAAACAAAUAAUAAUAAAAUUGCAAUUCCUGGAAAAGGUUCUUCAACUUAUAUUUGGGACAGAAAGUAUUAUAAAAGAUGCCCAAAGUGUCCACUUAGACAAACUUUAGAGCACGUCAUGCUUGUAAAUCAUCCAACAAUUGAGGAAAGUUAUCAAGAAAUUGAAGAUGAAGAGGAGGAAAAUGAAGAAGAAGAGGAUGAAUAUAAUAUCGAUGAGAAUUCGGGCAAUUUUAGUGGAGGGCAAAGAAAUGAUGGGGGAAAUUUAAUAUUUGAGCAGGAAGAGGAAUAUGAUGAAAAUAGUGAAGAAAAUAAUAUUGUGGAGGAAAGUGAUUUGGUAAACACUAAUGAGGAAGAAAAUGGGUGGGAACUUGUUGAGGAUGAAAAUUAUAUUAGUGGUGAGCUUUUUUAG